AUGCAAAGUGAGGUUAAAUGACCACAAAUAUCCACCAGUUAGAGAUCUUUCCGGUAGUCCAGGGGAGGAUCCAAAAUGGCGCCAGUUGCCGCUAGCCCGCAGUAAAAGCAAGCGGUGAGUGAAUGAAGUCAGCUGAUCUCGCUGUCACGCUCCGCAGCAGCCAGCGUUCCUCUCUCGAACCAAGACAGUAAACGGACACUUCACAGCCACACGUCUGACUAAUAAACGUGAAGAUGGACAUGUCCAAGCUGCCCAAGAUCAGGGAUGAGGAGAGGGAGAGCCAGUUUGGAUACGUUCACGGAGUCUCUGGACCAGUGGUGACAGCGACGGCCAUGGCAGGAGCAGCCAUGUAUGAGCUGGUCCGUGUCGGCCACAGUGAGCUGGUGGGAGAGAUUAUCAGGCUGGAGGGAGACAUGGCCACCAUCCAGGUCUAUGAAGAGACAUCUGGUGUGUCUGUGGGCGAUCCUGUGCUCCGCACGGGGAAACCUCUUUCAGUCGAGCUGGGUCCAGGAAUCAUGGGCUCGAUCUUUGAUGGUAUCCAACGACCUCUGAAGGACAUUAAUGACCUCACACAAAGCAUCUACAUUCCCAGAGGUGUAAAUAUUGGAGCCCUCAACCGAGACCUCAAGUGGGAUUUUUCUCCCAGCAAGAGUCUGCGGGUUGGCAGUCACAUCACAGGCGGCGACAUCUACGGUAUGGUGUACGAGAACUCCCUCAUUAAGCACAAGAUCAUGUUGCCUCCUAAAAACAGAGGCACUGUGACCUACGUGGCUCCGCCUGGAAACUAUGAUAUCACUGAUGUGGUGAUGGAGCUGGAGUUUGAAGGCGUGAAGGAGAAGUUCACUAUGGUGCAGGUGUGGCCUGUCAGACAAGUGCGGCCCGUCACAGAGAAGCUGCCCGCCAAUCACCCACUGCUGACCGGACAGAGAGUGCUGGACGCCCUUUUCCCAUGUGUGCAAGGAGGAACCACAGCUAUCCCAGGAGCCUUUGGCUGUGGAAAGACUGUCAUCUCCCAGUCCCUGUCCAAAUACUCAAACAGUGAUGUCAUCAUCUACGUAGGCUGUGGGGAGCGUGGAAAUGAGAUGUCAGAAGUAUUGAGAGACUUCCCUGAACUGACGAUGGAGGUGGAUGGAAAGACGGAGAGCAUCAUGAAGAGAACAGCGCUGGUGGCCAACACCUCCAACAUGCCCGUAGCUGCCAGAGAAGCCUCCAUCUACACAGGAAUCACUCUGUCUGAAUACUUCAGAGACAUGGGGUACAACGUGAGCAUGAUGGCCGACUCCACCUCCCGUUGGGCUGAGGCUCUCAGGGAGAUUUCUGGACGUCUAGCUGAGAUGCCUGCUGACAGUGGUUAUCCUGCGUAUCUGGGUGCCCGACUCGCCUCCUUUUAUGAGCGUGCCGGAAGAGUGAAGUGCCUGGGCAACCCAGAGAGGGAAGGCAGCGUCAGUAUUGUAGGCGCUGUAUCGCCCCCUGGUGGUGACUUCUCUGAUCCUGUUACCUCAGCCACACUUGGUAUUGUUCAGGUGUUCUGGGGUUUGGAUAAGAAGCUGGCUCAGAGGAAGCACUUCCCAUCCGUCAACUGGCUCAUCAGCUACAGCAAAUACACCCGCGCCCUGGAUGAAUAUUACGACAAGCACUUCCCUGAAUUUGUACCUUUGCGUACCAAGGCGAAGGAGAUUCUGCAGGAGGAAGAGGACCUGGCAGAGAUUGUGCAGCUUGUCGGAAAGGCUUCACUGGCAGAAACGGAUAAAAUCACACUGGAAGUGGCCAAACUGAUCAAAGAUGACUUCCUGCAGCAGAACGGUUACACUCCUUAUGACAGGUUCUGUCCUUUCUACAAGACAGUGGGCAUUCUCUCCAACAUGAUAGCUUUCUAUGACAUGGCACGGCACGCGGUGGAAACCACAGCUCAGAGCGACAACAAAAUCACCUGGGCCAUAAUCAGGGAGCACAUGGGAGAAAUCCUCUACAAGAUCAGCUCGAUGAAAUUCAAGGACCCGGUUAAGGAUGGUGAAGCCAAGAUCAAGGCCGAGUAUGCACAGCUGGUGGAGGACAUGCAGAACGCCUUCCGUACCUUGGAGGAAUAGGCGCCCACCAGUCACAAUCUUUCGAGUUUUCAUCUCAGACCCCUCCACUGCAGAAUCACAUUCCACCUCCAUGUAUCCCUCAAACUAUCUGUACUCAAUUGUGCUCCUCUGUGAGUCACCGUGUGAGAGUGUGUGCAUGUGAAAUUUCAUGUGGAGGGAAAAGAGAAAGAUGUACUGUAUUCAUUAUUACUCGUUGCCUCGUAUCGGCACACUCUGGAUCCUCUGCAUGGUCAUCGAUCAUGUGUGCGUGUAUGUGAAUUAGAUGUGUGUAUGAAACGGGGAUCCCUUCACCUUGGUAAUUCCUUUCUCUGUUUACAUGAAUCCUAUGUGUUGUGUUGCUCUUCCUGAAGAGGAUUGUUCAGUUGAUGUAUUGUAAUUCACAGACCAUCUGUACAGAAGAGUAUUGAAUAUAAAUUUAAUGAGAUCAGUCUAUUUAUUGCCAGCAUUUUGACGUAAAGGCUUUGUUUCUUUUUGUUUUUAUGGUUGUUUCACGCUGUGCAGUGCUGUGUACUUUGCUGUGUGAAUGUGUAAGAGUCCAACGCUCUGCUGUCCAGUGCUUUCAUCAUGUUACUCCCAAAGAAUUAAAAUAUGAGAAAAAAAACA